AUGUAUAAACGAUUUUCUUUUAGAUUUCCAACAUCCGAACGUCUUAAUCGACAUUCAAAAUUACACAAUCCGGAGAAACUUUUCGUCUGUGAUCAAUGCGGUAAAACAUUCCCCGAUUUAAGCCGUUUAAAAUUGCACAAUCGACACGAACAUUUCAAUGAGCCGCGUCCCGAGAGAGUACCACAGCAGUGUGUCUACUGUGGCAAAUGGUAUUCGUCGGCCUCGUCGAUAUACAAACAUUUGCGGAAUAUUCACAGCAACAAUGAUGUUGAACAUCGCUGUCACAUUUGUGGCUUUGUUUCGACCACUGCGACCGCGCUGAAGAAACACAUACAGUUCAAUCAUGAAAUGAUACGUAAAUACAAGUGCAGUGUUUGUGAGAAGGCCUUUAAAAGGCCGCAGGAUUUAAAGGAACAUAUGGCCACUCAUACAGGUGAAGCAUUAUAUUCCUGUGCCACCUGCGGUACCACAUUCAAAUCCAAGGCAAAUAUGUUUCAUCAUCGUAAACGUUUUCAUAAAUCUGAAUGGGCCUUGGAUUGUACAAAAACAACCUCUACCGCUAAGAUAAUAAAAAUAAAAAUUCCUGAUUUAGAGACAGCGUCAUCAGAGCCGCCGCCGCCAGUGCCACCACAAUCACAAUUAUCAACAACAACACCAAUACAACAAUUGUCAACGCCAUCAUCAUCAUCAGAGUUAUCUACACCAUUAACACAAACACAAACCAUACAGCAACCAUAUCCCACAUCGAAACGUUUGAGUUCCCACAUGCAUAUACACAAUCCGGAAAAUCACGCCAUCUGUGAACAGUGCGGCAAAUCGUUUCCAAGCAAAAAUCGUUUAAAAUAUCACAUGCGUUUCGAACAUUUAAAUGAAAUGCGACCGAAAAAAAUUCCCGAACAAUGUGGCUAUUGUGACAAAUGGUAUGCCAGUAAAUGUUCGCUGUACGAACAUAUCAAAAAUAUGCACACCGAUACGGGAGCGGAACAUCGUUGUCAGGUGUGUGGUUUUGUUUCGACCACCUCUAAAGCCCUCAAGAAGCACAUACUGUUCAAUCAUGAUGCAUCGGUACGCAAACACAAAUGCAAUUUAUGUGACAAAGCCUUUAAACGGCCGCUAGAUAUAAAGGAACACAUGGCCACGCAUACAGGUGAACCACUGUACACUUGUGUCAAUUGUGGCACCACAUUUAAGUCCAAGGCAAAUAUGUUUCAUCAUCGUAGACGUUUCCACAGGGCUGAAUAUCCCUCCGAAAAAAGUCUAAAUAUACAUCGGGAAUUGCACAAUCCCACAGAUACAGCCGUUUGUGAGCAAUGCGGUAAACUUUUACUUACCCGAAAUGCCCUGGCCAUGCACAUGAAGGCGGUGCAUAUGCCCAAGGCGCCAAGAACUAAACAACAGUGUAAAUACUGCCAAGCUUGGUUAGCCUCCAAGUCGGGACUGCGUACACAUAUCUUGAAUAUGCAUGUCCAUGCCGAUGUGGAGCAUCGCUGUGAUAUUUGUGGUUUUGUUUCGUCUUCUCGUGAGGCGAAAAAACGGCACAUCCAAUUCAAACAUAAUCCCGAAAAAAGGCACAAGUGUUCGGUGUGUGAUAAAUCGUUUAAGGUGGCCAUACUUUUGAGAGAACACAUGGCCACCCAUACCGGUGUUGAUCUGUACAAAUGUUUGUAUUGUGAUGCCACAUUUAAAUCGAAGUCGAAUCGUUCGACCCAUUCGAAACGUGUACAUCCCAUAGAAUAUGAAAAUGCCAUAAUAAGGCGUCCCAAACCGUGUAGUAUAACUAAUUUUGAAACAACAUCAUUCUCAUGUGAAAAAUUAUUAGCUAAACAUCAAAAAGAUCAUCCGGCCAAAGAGUUCAUUUGUGAAACAUGUGGCAAAGUUACACCCACACUGGCCGUACUCAAACGGCAUGUACGGAAGGUACAUGAUCCGAAAGUACCAGCCCAAUGCACCUAUUGCGGUAAAUGGUAUGUAACGCGUUCGCUAAUGUUACGGCAUGUCCUGAACAUGCAUACGACAGCCGAUAGUGAACAUCGCUGUGAUAUUUGUGGUUUUGUAUCAUCGACACGUUCGGCCACAAGACAGCACAAACGUUUCAAACACAAUCCCGAAAAGAGACAUAAAUGUACGAUGUGUGAGAAGGCAUUUAAAACGCCGACGCUACUGAAAGAGCAUUUGGCCACACACACCGGCAUCGAUUUAUACAAGUGUGCCUAUUGUGAGGCUACAUUUAAAUCCAAGUCAAAUCGUUCAACACAUUAUAGACGCCACCAUCCGGUUGAAUAUAAUGCCAAUAUGAUACGUAGACCAAAGCCAACAGCUAUACCAAAACAUGACCUGCAAGCUCCAGCAACAAAUACGGCAGAUAUGAUGACAUCCAGCUCCAAUUAUGAUACAACAUCUAUGCAACCUCCACCCACAAAUAUGACCGAUCAAACAUCGUCUGGACUGGUAUUCUCAUGUGAAAAUGAAUUCGCUGAACAUCAAAAAGAACAUUCUGACGUUGCGAAAAAAGAAUUCAUUUGUGAAAUAUGCGGUCGUAUUUUGCCAAAACGUAAAGCCCUGUCGAUGCACCUGUACAAAGUGCACCGUGAGAAAGUACCAGAACAAUGCAAAUAUUGUGGCAAAUGGUAUGUGACACGUCAGAAUUUGUCGACUCACAUCUACAAUAUGCACACAGCGGCAGAUGCUGAACAUCGUUGUGAUAUUUGUGGCGCCAGUGCAUCAUCGCCAUCGGCCCUCUAUCAGCAUAAACGUUUCAAACACGAUCCACAAAGAAAACACAAAUGUGCUGCAUGUGGCAGGGCAUAUAAAACCAGAAAUCAAUUGGAAGAACAUUUAUCAACACAUACCGGCAUCGAUUUAUACAAGUGUGCAUAUUGUGAAUCGACAUUUAAAUUUCAAGCGAAUCGUAGUAUGCAUUAUAGGCGUAUGCAUCCCGAAGAAUAUGCCAAAAUGAAACAAAGAUCAAAGCCCACACCGAUAACAGACUAUGAGCGAAUUGCAGAUAUUACCGAAAUGCUCGAUGAGUCUGCUAAUGAUUUAGAUGGCUCUGCUAGUGAUUUGAACAAUUUAGAAGUAAUAAUACUAUCCCCGGAAGAUUUUCAACAAACAAUAGAUCUGACAUUCACAAAUGAAGAACUACUAAUAAAACAUCAAAGAUCACUACAUACCAAGGAGUACAUUUGUGAAACAUGUGGCAAAGUAUUUUCGGCCCAGGCCAUACUUCGACGGCAUGUACGUAAGGUACAUGAACCGAAAAUACCGGCCCAGUGUAUGUAUUGCCAGAAAUGGUAUGUUUCACGGCCGCACAUGCUAAUGCAUGUCAUAAAUAUGCAUACAACAGCGGGUGCUGAACAUCGUUGUGAUAUUUGUGGCCAUAAAUCCUCAACACGUUCCGCCCUAGAUCAGCAUAAACGUUUCAAACACGACCCUGAAAAGCGACAUGUAUGUGCGAUGUGUGAUAAGGCAUUUAAAACACCGACUCAAUUGAAACAACACACUGCAACCCAUACCGGUAUUGAUUUGUAUCAGUGUGCCUUUUGUCCGACUACUUUUAAAUACAAUUCAAAUCGUUUUACACACUAUAAGCGAAUGCAUCCUUUGGAAUAUUCUAAAAUGGAAAAGCGGCCAAAACCUACUGCUAUUGAAGAAUAUCAUAUAGAAGUGCUUGAAGAUUUUGAUGAAGAUGACAUUUCUCAGCUGUGA